AGUAGCCUUAGGUUAAGGGGGUAGAGUAGGGGCAGCUUUCUGACUCUUCGUGGGGCAUUAGCCUCUGAAUGAGGUUCUGGAGCAGGGUCUUGGACCUGGGUUGGGGUGUGGCUUGGAGUCAUCCCUGACCUGCUUUGGCCCUUGUCACUGUAGCAAAGGGUAGGAGCCCCACGGUGCAGUAGAUACCUGCCCUUUGGGAGCCUGCCUGCCUGGGAAGUGCAGCAGUGCUGCUGCAAAGUCCCUUGGAGCUCAGGCUUUGGGCCAUUCAGCAUCUGUGCAGGUGCCACAGCUGCUGCCAAAAGCAGGAACUUUCCAGGCAGACCGCAGAGCAGGGCAGAAGCCCUGAGUAGCUCUAGCAAGGUCUGUCAGAGCUGUAACUGCUGUUACCCGACAACUGUGGACUGUCACAGCUAGGAACCUGGUGCUGCCUAUAAUGUAUAUUUUGUUACUAGGUAGCCCACAUAAUAGUCAAAUCUAGCACCAAAAUGAAUGAUUUCCCAACAGUGGCCUCUUGAAAGGUAUAAUACACUGCUUGGUCUCUUUCAGGCUACAAUCAGGUGUGUUCCUCUGUCAGUGUAGACCAGUGGUUCCAAAUUUUUUUUUUUUGUACCAGGACCCGUUUGUACGCUCUGGCCAGUUCCAUUGCAGGAUGUUAAGUACCUAGCCUCCUGCCAGCUUGUGAGCAGAAACCUGUGGUUUCUGAUAUUUUUCUCCUUUAAAGGAGAACAUUUGGUGCCAGGGAAAUUGUGACUUCUUCUUUAAAGGUGAAUCUGUGGUUUUUCCACAUUUUUCCAAGAUUUUUGUGACUCCGUUCAUAUGUUCUUGCAACCUGCUGUUGGGUCGCGAUCCACCGGUUGAGAAACGUUGGUGUAGAAGAGUUGCAGUGGUGGAGAGAGGUGUGCACACACCAACCUUCAUUCUGUCCUGCAAGAACCCAAGGAGUGCCGUUGUAUUUGACUUAAAUCCAAGAAGAAAGAUAGAAAAGGAGAUCGUUUGCACUGGAGCAAAAACCUCAUAGAAGUUUAACAAAGAUGAAUCUGCGUUCUGUAUUUACUGUAGAACAACAAAGGAUAUUACAGCGUUAUUAUGAAAAUGGAAUGACAAAUCAAAGUAAAAAUUGCUUUCAGCUCAUAUUACAGUGUGCACAAGAAACUAAACUGGACUUCAGUGUAGUCAGGACUUGGGUUGGCAAUAAAAGAAGAAAGAUGAGCAGCAAGAACGUUGCAGAAUCUGGAGGUACCCCACCACGGACUGUAUCUAGCACCCCUACAGUACUUCCAGAAGCAGCAGUUAGAAAUGUGGUAAACAUUGCUCGAUCCCAAAGCCAGCAGUCUUCCUGGACUUCCUCUAACAAUGAUGUAAUAGUAACUGGUAUAUAUAGUCCUGCUACUACAUCCAGCAGGCAGGGCUGCACUAAACAGACUAAUGUUUCAGUGACUGAUAUACAUAAAAACUCUAGUCAAAGACCACCUGUAAAAAGUGAUACAGAAUUUCAGCAGCACAUACCUAUAGGACGACAAGCAGCAUCACACUGUAAAAAUGCCUCGCUAUUAUUGGGGGAAAAAACUAUAAUUUUGUCAAGACAGACAAGCGUGUUGAAUUCUGCAAACUCCAUAUAUAAUCACACUAGGAAAAAUUAUGGUGGUUCUUCAGUUCAGACUGCGGAGUUGGUAUUGCCUCAGAAGCCAGUGAUAUGUCACAGACCUUGUAAAGCUGAACCAAUUGGAUGUCAAAGGUUACAAAAACAUGAACACACAGCUAUUGUAUCACACAUCCCAUCUGGACAAAGGGCUAAUAUUCGAGACCCUUCUUGUAGCACGCAAAACUUAGAAAUUCGUGAAGUUUUUUCCUUGGCAGUUACUGAUCAGCCUCAAAGGAUUAUGGGAGGAAAUACAUCACAGAAACAUUGUUCAGUGGAAGGAAGUUGCCUGUCCAUUGCAAUGGAAACAGGAGAUGCUGAUGAUGAAUAUGCUAGAGAAGAAGAGUUGGCAUCUAUGGGUGCACAGAUACAGACUUAUUCAAGAUUUUGUGAAAGCAGCAGUUCCCUUCGAGCAGAGAGCCAAAGCACAGCUUUGCCUGGGCCAGGAAGAAAUGUGAGCUGCAGCUCACAGAUGGUGAAUGCCAGGGACUUGCCUGACAACGUACUGUAUCAUAACAGAGACUACCAUUUGCCUCCACGGACCUCAUUACAUACAACAUCCAGUACACUGUACAGCAGUGCUAAUCCAUCAAGAAGUAAUUUUUCUCCUCAUUUUACAUCAUCAAAUCAACUGAGGCUCUCACAAAACCAAAACAAUUACCAGAUUUCAGGAAACCUUACUGUGCCUUGGAUUACAGGUUGUUCCAGAAAAAGAGCACUACAAGACCGCACGCAGUUUAGUGACCGAGAUUUAGCCACCUUAAAGAAAUACUGGGACAAUGGCAUGACCAGCCUGGGCUCAGUCUGCAGAGAGAAAAUUGAAGCUGUCGCUGCAGAAUUAAAUGUUGACUGUGAAAUAGUGCGGACUUGGAUUGGAAACAGAAGACGGAAAUAUCGUUUAAUGGGGAUUGAAGUCCCACCCCCUAGAGGAGGCCCUGCUGAUUUCUCUGAUCAAUCAGAAUUUGGUACUAAAUCAUCGCUUACUCCAGGAGAAGAAAUUGCUACCGAAGUGAGUGAUGAUAAUGAUAGGAAUGAUGAAGUAUCAAUCUGCUUAUCCGAAGGAAGUUCACAAGAAGAAGCCAAUGAAGCUCUUCAAAAUGAAGAUAUUGGCCAUAAAGAAGAGGAUCAAAAUCCAGUAUCUGCAGAUAAUGUGAAAAUAGAAAUUAUAGAUGAUGAAGAAAGUGAUAUGAUAAGUAAUUCUGAAGUGGAUCAAAUGAGUUCUCUCUUGGAUUAUAAGAAUGAAGAAGUUAGAUUCAUUGAAAAUGAAUUGGAGAAUCACAAACAGAAAUACUUUGAACUACAGACAUUUACUAGAAGCUUGAUACUGGCUAUCAAAUCAGAUGAUAAAGAACAGCAGCAGGCACUGCUGUCAGAUUUACCUCCUGAAUUAGAAGAGAUGGAUUUCAAUCAUGCAUCUCCAGAGCCUGAUGAUACCUCAUUCAGCUUGUCAUCUUUAUCAGAGAAAAAUGCCUCAGACAGUUUGUGAUCUUUGGAGGAAAAAAAUACAUACAACACGUUUAGGCUGCCUAACAGGUGUGCAUUUGAAGAUAACUGUGUUUGUUACCUGAUAUCCUUCAAUCAGAAAAACCUGAGAGAAGUAGGCAGACCUUGCUGAAGGGAGAAUGGGAUAAUGUGGCUGCAGUUUCGCAGAGACAAGAAAUAUGGAACUUUGUGUUUGGCGAGCCAGAAAGCUAUAUGACAAAAGGUUUAGUUUUUAGCACCUCUGCCUUGAUUAAGGUAAUGUCUAAUUUCCAAAAUAACUCUUACUUUGUAGCAAAACCUUUUCUGAGCAGGGAUCCAAGAAUGGAAAACAACUGUCCAGUGUUAUACAGCCAGGUAAUAUUUCAAUCUGCUUGUCACAUAAGAGUCACCAGUCCUGUUUGUUGUAACCAUUGCCUUUCCCCUUACUCCCUUCUUACUCAGGUAGGUGGACUAAAAAUUGGGAAUUCAGAUAGAAUAAUGGGCUUGUAAUGAAUUGUUCUUGGACUCCUGUGAAAAUUUGAAUUAAAUCAGAGAUUAAAUUUAAAAAAUGCUUUUUUGUAUGUAACUACAAAUUCUUGAGUCACCCAUUAUCUCACCAAAAUGCCUGGAAACCAUUUGGAAAACUAACUGAAACAUUUGAAUUAGCUUUAAUAAAUUAUUGAUGUACAGAAGCAGUCUUAAAUGUUGUAAAAUCUUAGACCCUCUCUGAAAAUUCUUGAUUACUGGAAAAAGAAUUGUUUCUAAUAUUCUCACUGUAGUGAUGGAAUUAGAUGAUAUCUUACACCAAUAGCUAGAGUUGUAUGGUCAUAGUAAUGCUUUUAUUGCACUGGAUUUUAGAAAGCCUGAAUAGCAAUGGCUGUGUUCAAGGUUUAAACAUCAGUUGGGUAGAUUUUCCAUGCUGCUUCAUUGUGUUGUAGCAGUGCCAUCAGCCAAAGACAGUUGUCAGCCCAUCCCCUGAGUUGUUCUACCUUACAAAUUCCCACAGUGUAAUUCAUUUAGGGCCAUGUUGCACAUUACACUUAGGAUGUGCUAACUACACUUAAAAUAUGAGUUUUCACGUGUUCAAGCAGUAAAACACAUGCUACGUGAGAUUGUAUUGUAACAAAAAGUUAAAAUAUUUUGUGGGAAGAAUAUCUCCAGAUUGUAUUAAGUAGUGUGUUCUGCUAUUAUUAGACUGCUCAGAGAUUAUCAGAGAUAACAAAAGUUCAAAAUUCUGGUGCAGUGCCAGGUCUGGGACUAACAAUCUGCUGAUUUUUGCCCCCAGCACUGCACUGGAGCAAGUCCAAAACUACUGUGUUAUGCUGGGAUGGCAGUCAGCUGAUUGUCAGUCCCAGCCCCAGCAGCACCACACUGGAGCCAGUUCAGACUGCCAGCAGUCUCCCCAGACUGCCUGACCAGUUCUCCCCACAGAUCCACUGCAAAAGGCUUUGCUCCCUGUGUCUCCUUCCACUUGCCACCAGCAGCAGAAACGCAGCUCACCCCGGCAUGCCAGGGGUAGGAACUCCUGGGCUGGACAGUGCUGGACAUAUGUUGGGGAAGGUGCAGGCUCUGGGUACAGAGUUUUUAUGUACUCACAGGUGGACAUGUGAGCUGCAGCACCUGGUGCCAGGGCCAAUGUUGGGACAGGGGGAAGGAAUCCCUGCCAGCCUCAGCCCUGUCCAGAGCAGGCUGAGAUCAUAAUAAACAUUACUGUGUGACUACUCAGAACACAUUCUAAUUUUUCAUACAGUACAGUGAUGCUUACUAGGAGCUAAAUAAAACAUAUGCCUAAGUGUCCCAUGUGACAAGGCCCUUACUAAUUACCCCAAUUUGACAAAUUGCUGUGUUGUUUUCUCACCAGACACCAGGUGUUAACAAAGUAUUAUUUUAGUUGCAGUUUGCAAAGUGUAUACCUAAUUGCUGACAGUGGCUGAAGCUAUCUUAUCCUUUCUUGGCAGCCAUUUGAAAUUGAAUCUCACAUCUCAUUUAAUAAAAUAAAUGUAUGUUGAUGCACUCAGAUAAAUUCAGUAUACUACAUAAUACUGUGACAUAUAGCUCAAACUUUGUAAUAUCUAAUCUGAAUGUUUCCACACAGGCCUCAUUGAAACCCUAGGUCUCACCAAGUUGAGAGCCAGAUGGUUCUGCUCCUAUACUGAAUUGCACCUUCCUCUGAGUAAUUCUGCUUAAAUUACUGGUACUGCUUACUGUACAGUGUGUCAGGAUUGAACAACCUGGUAUUUUCUAAAUACUUCUAAAUUAUUGUAAGUGUUGAGAAAAACCCUUAUUUCUUUUUCAAUUAACUUGCUAUUGCUUAAAUGUAUUUUACUCAGAUUUUACUCUGAAUACCUGUUCUGUUCUACAUCUUUAUGGCUUAAUCCUUUCUUCACCAUUAUCAUCUAUUACAAGCCUUGUUCUUUUGGUUUCUCUCUACUCCUGUGUUUGUGCUGCAAGGCAUGGAGAAAGCCUCAGCAGUGCUGUCGGGUGCCAAGCACAGUUAGUGAUACUAUUAAUAAAAAAAUAAUAAUCCAGGACUAGUAUAAAAACUACUACUGAUACACACUAUGCCACAGCUCAAUUAAUACAUACAUUCCCUAGUUCAGGAAAACCACUACUACCCAACUCACAGAAAAACACAGCAAAAAGCAAGCUCCUGGCUCCACAUCUGGGUAAGUGUCAAUGUAAAGAAGUUAGGGUAAAAAAACAGUGAAAUAUUAAAAAGGCACCCACUGAUACCAAAGGAUCCAUUGUAGGUUCUUCACCUAUUGUAUAGCUUAGCUAGAAAUCCAGGCUUUUGCUGACAGCCAGAUUUUGAUGUCCUUCCUGAAAAUGAUUUGCACUUUUUUACAGUCCCAGUCACUUCAGUACAGGACUGUAAACAAGAAUUAUGGUACUAUGCUUAAAUACAUCGUAGAUUUCAUUUACCAUACUGUAUACCUUGAGAUAACAGACGUGAUUGAUUAUGCAUAUUCUGCAUUGAGUUAACAGUGCCUGUUGACAGUACUUUCCCCAAAGGGAAGAUACAUGAGACAGUUAAGCUUCAUGCUUUUAGUGAGCUUUAUUGUAAAAAUUUAAAGUAAUGGUAGUAUGACCUUAGUUCUCUCAUUGUACCCCUACUUCCAACCUACUUAUCCUUUGCUUGGUCUGACAACAAACAGCAGUUUUUGAAUUCUAAUUUUUAAUUUCAUGGGCCCUGGGCCUGUAGCAAUUUCACUUUUUACAACAGAAUUUUAUCACUGCCCUUCAUUUUUCUCUCUUGAUUUUUUGCCCUGACGUUGUCAAACUAAUUCAGUCAGUUUCAUUUUGGACAAACUACACCUAGCUGAAACAUUUAUUUGGGAAUCUCUUUGAUCAGUGAGCUGGAAUGCUGAUUCAUAAGCUACAGAUACUGCAUUUAUCCUGGGAUAAACCACAUAUCCUGGAAAAAAGUGCAAUCCUUUAGGGUAAAAACAGCUUAUCCUGGGACUGAUCCUACAUAGGGUUUUGACUCUGCACCAAAACAGGCAUAGGACAAAUGCAGUUUGAACGACAACUCAAAUUAGCUGCAGUUGUCCCAGAAAAUGUGUUAUCUCUGAUACGUCAUAGCUACUUAAAAUGGACUUUUAGGAUCCCAGAAUAAAGGGCUUUGCCCCGAGAGAACGCUGAUGUCUGUUUUUAGCCUCAGGUGCCCAUGUCUUUUGCCCCAGAAUAAAUCCUAAAAAGGUCCAUGGGGUAAGAAAUUCUAAGUGUAUCCUGGGACAUCAUAAAGUAAGUCUCAAUGGUUAUCCCAGGAUUGUAUCAUUGAAUCCAUGGCAGAAAUGCAGCAGAGUAUUCAGCAGCUUACUAAACUCUAAUCAAAAAGGUGAUGUGUUUACUACACAUCAAUCAAUGAAUAUUUCUGUUCCAGGAUAAACACAGGCACAACUUGUCCAGGAAUAAAUGCAACAUCUAUUGCUAGCACCUAGAAUAUUAGGCCUGGAGUCUGUGCCUGGUUUAUCCCUUUGAGCGAUAUAUGCUUAGUUUUCUGCAACACAGGGUAAAAAAAGUAUUUAUUGCAAAGCAGCCAUGUUUUCACAUCCAGAAACAAUUGGCAACAGGAGGAUAACUGAGAAGAAAUAUUGAGUAUAAAAUAUGCUCCUAUUUAAUGAGCUACUUUCAGGGGUAGUUCUAUACAGCUAUUAUAGCGCUUUUCCUUAAAAUGAUCUUAAUCCAUACGUCCUGAGAUAUUCCCAGUGCUAGUAGUUUUAAAAAUGUUUUCAUCCUGUACUGUGGCUGAAAAGCAGCAGACUCAUUUUUUUUUUAUUUAAAGGCACAGUAUGGUAACAACAAUUAGGAAUAAUAAUCCUUUAAAAGUAUGAAUGUUCACUUCGGAAGGCUACACCUCAGAUGCAUACUUUCACCAGAUAUGUGGCUCAUGCCUUCAUGUUUUGAUAAUCUCUUCUGAAAUCCAGGUAAUCAGGCUCACAGGCUCCAAUCAAGAAAGUGAUGUAACAACAUUUCCAUAUAACUCUAUCAUAGUUCUUCAUUUGUUCCCUCCCACAACCCACCUCAUUGAGAUCUGAUUGGACCCAGUGUUCAGUUAGGAAGGUGCACACACUAUUAAUAUGAAAUGUUCAUGAGGGAGAUUUGAAGGCAUUUGUGUGGGUCUGUAAUCAGCACACUACUAGCAAAAACAAUGCUGUCAUCUCUAGAUGAUUCUGGCCAAAUUCAGUCCCAACUUGAAUUGGUAUAACUUCAAUUAACCCAACUUUCUGGGAGUUUGGUCUGUGGAUGAAAGGGCAAAAUCUGUUUCUGUAGCCUUAUAUUUUCUGUCCAUUCUUCCCACCAAAUUUAUCUUGAGAGCUAGCUGAAGCACUUUUCAGACCCAGAAGCAGAUACCUGCACAUACUCAUUCUGAAGGAAUUCUGUUUUCUUCAGCUGAUAAAGUGCUGCUGAUGGCUCUGGUGAUCCUAACCACUUUUAGGAUUUUUGUUUACAAUUAUUUCCUCUGUUCAUUGGUGGAAAAAUAGAGCAUGUUAGUUCAUCUUCCACUGCAUGUAGAUUGCAAGAAGGAUGCUAGUUUCAUGACAAAUAAGGGAAACAAUAGUAGGUGUUGCUGUGGUAGCACAAAGGAAACAUAAAAAAGCAGCUAUUUCACUCCUUUAGAUCAUGAACUUCAAUAGCAUCUACAAAAGUGCAACGAGUUGAAGAACCUUCCAUCAUCUUCCUGCUAAGGCUCCAGUUUGCUUUAUCAGUGAGGGAUGACUUCACUGACAUUUUUUAUUCCUAAGAAAUCUAUUGUGAUCUGAAUUACAAAGAUCUGUGUCCUUCUGAAGAAAGCCUGAAGUGGAAAAUGCCAAUUCAGAGCAACACACAUGCACUUUAAACCAGAAAUCUGGUGCUACCUCCCUAUAAGGAGCCGUGGUAGCUCAUUUGCUUGCAAAUGUGUUAAUACAUGAGGAAAGGUGCACCUGAAGCAGUGCUAACAAAACUUAAAUAUUUCUAGUCACUACAUUUUAAGCAAAUAUAGUUCUAAAUGCCCAUGGAAAGGAGGUCUAUUAAGAAAGCGUCCAUUUUCUUAAAUUGUCACUUGCAGGGCAGCACUCUACUUGAAAGAGGUUUUACUUAAAAAAAACCCCCAAACUCCAAAAAUAACAAGCAAGCCACGGGCUUCACAGCUUCACAGAAAAAACGGAAGGAGCAGAGGGUGUAAGUGAGCAUGCUGCAUUUUUAACUUAUCUUGUUAAAUUCUCUUAUCUCUUUAAAUUGGGAAUCUACUCAAUUCCUUUGCCAAAUGAAAAAAUAGCAGGGAUAUCUAAUAAUGAAGUGAUAUAAUCACAAUCCUACUGUAUAGUAUCAGUUUGGUGAAAACUUUUGUAACAGAGCUUAGACUGCUGCAAAUUGGACUGCACUUUUGCUACCAUAUUAGUUACCUUAAAAUUAGUCUUGAAGUGCUGUCUUCUCUGUUCAUACUUUAGUGGAUUCUUAUUCUCAGGAUUUUCAUGGUGCGAAGAAAGGAAAUAUUUAAAGCAUCUGAAACCAUUAAAAAAGUAAGAAAAACUGGUAACAUUGCAACCAAAAAGUUACUUUACUACCUCUAGUCCUACUGCCCAGACCCUUCAGCAUCAACCAGUUAUAUACCAGGCUGCCUUACCCGCAGAGGGCCUGGUGUCUUUCAAAUAUUCUUUCAACUUUAAGACAAGUCUCUGUCUGUCUCUCAAAAAACAAAGAGUGUAUGAGUUACUUGGUUAUCAUAUGUCAUUCAUGUUCUGACUCCAGUUAACUCUGGCCAAUUAAUCGGAGGUAUCAGAACCAUCUUUUUGUAUUGUCAGGCUUGUCUAACCAUUUAAUAUUUUACCACACUUGCCAAAGUUUGCAUCAUAAGAAUAAGCGAUAAGCAAAAAGCUACAUGGGACCAGAAAACUGGAACCGUCUUUGGCAGACGGCACUAUACUACACUGUUUCCAUAGAAGAAUCCACAGGGUUACUUAAAUCAAAGAGCUUUUUUCUCUGUAAACAUAUGGCUAGCAUUUUGCUCAAGGAUACAAAAGACAGAAAUGUGUGAUUUAACAAAAAAGCAAACCUCUAACAAGAAAGGAGACUCUUAAGAACGUUCUCUCAAGGGAAAUAUUUUCUGGUCAGUCCUGUGGUAAAAGUAAACAUUUUACUCUAUUACUGAGUUAAGCAAAUAAUUCCUUUACAUUUCUGUAUUACAUUUUACACAUACUACCUCUGAAAUGUAACACCACCUUCAAAGCCACGUUAAAUUAUGUGAUCUUUUUUAGGAUUUUUUUACAACUUUAUAUAGGCAAUAAAUAAUUUCUAGCAGGUGCAUUCUUUUCCGUUUUACGGAUAUCUUUAGUUAUAUGUGUGUGUGGCAUUUUUUUUUAGUUUAGGUGGUUUUAUGGGGAUUGGUUUCUCUUUACUAUAUGUUCUUUUACAAACUACACGUGUUUUUGACAAAGAAGCCAAGAAUAACAAGAUGAUAUGGAGGAAAAAAAGAACCUGUCAUGGGUAUGUUAGGAGCUGCAGAAAUAUUACCAACUUCUGGGCUCACAAAUGAUGAUCUGGUAAUAAAUAGGCAGCUGUGAUAUUUCUGGUACAGCUAUUAAAGACAAUGAAUAUUACUGUUGGAGAAAAUUAUUCUGGUGCCAAAGGACUAAACUGAUGUUGUCCAGAAUGCAAAUUAAUUUCUAUAAUGGAGAACAGCUAAAUAGUGAAUCCCAACAAUGUAAUGAAAAUGAUUGAAAAUCAGAUCCUUUGCUGCAUUACGUGAAACUGUUUUCAUAAAUGUAUUUUUCAGUUAGUUUUUGUUUCCAUCUACACUUUUCCAUGCAGGGGAAAAAAUGCACGUUGUAGAAGUAUUUUUUUUUUUUGUUUGUAUUCAGUCAAGCAUCAAAUCUUUCUCAUAAUAAUCAGUGGCAACGUUCCCAUUGGUUUUAAUAGACCCAGAAUUCGGCUGAGUGCAAGCCAAAUCUCAUAGAAAAGUUUCACAUCAAAAAGAAGAAUGCCCCUGGAAUUUUCUGGUCCCAUGCAUUAAAUAGGGAUUUUUUUUUCUACAGAGCUUUCAUUCCAUUUAAUUUUUUAAAGUUUUUUAAGUGCUGUAGGUGUGCAGGAAAAGUGGAGUGCAAAUAAAAACUUCCUUUUGAUGUCAGUUGAACCAAAAAUUUAACAAAAUGUUUUGGUUUCCAUGCAGCAAAGCAUGGAUGUAAACUGAAUGCAAAGCAAUUCUGAGUGAAAAUCUCAUCUCUAUAAGGCAAAGUGUUCAAAAUGUAUAAAACAAAAGGAAAUUAUAGCAAUUCUCUUGAAGUGUCUCUUCAGAGUAACUGUGCUCUGUAAUAGAAAUUACAUAUGUAAUUGUUAAACUUAUUUUACAUAUAUUUAUAUAUAACUACAAAGUGCACGUGUGUGUGUGUAUGUGUGUGUAUAUAUAUAUAUAUAUAUAUAUGUAUAUAUAGUAUGUGCGCACACACUAAAUGUAAUUAGCACUAACAAAAGGCAUUUUCACUCCAGGAAAAGCCAGAUGCAGCUCUUCUAAAGUAGAUUCUUUUAGUAGUAGUAAAUUACGUAACUAUUGUUCUUACUUAUAUUCAAGAUCUACUUUUAGAUUAAAUUGAAUACAUCCCUGUAAGUAUUGAUUAUAAUUUAUCUUUACUUCAGUGUAAGGCUGGUAGAGUUAGGAUUCAAACUACACUGAAAAGCCCAGUGUAAUGCUAUGCUUAAGUAAUCUCAGCACAUUAACAGACCAACUUCACUAAAUGAUGAGGAUCUUAACCAAUUUAUAGCCAAUACAGUUUCUAAUUUAGUUAUGCUAAAUAUGUUAGUUUGAAAAGAAGCAACUUACCUGAAAGUUUAAGUAUUAUUCCAUAAGUUUUUCAUGUUAUGUUAAUUUGCUUACAACAUAUAUAAGGUAGCUCAUUCUUUUCAACUGACUAUAAUGAUGUCCUUUUGGGCAAGUUUCACAAGCUUUGUAAAUGGAGUGUAAAACUGGAUUUCUCUGUGAAAAUUAAUAUUUAUAUUUCAUUUUCAUUAUAUGUAUCAGUAUGUGUAGCAAGAAGAUUAUUAUAAAUCCUAAAUUUGAGUACCUCCA